UCUGCAUGUGGCUGAGCCAUCGUGAGGAGCUGCCUAUGAUUUUGUCUCAUGUUGUGUAGGCUCUUGGUGUGUGUGGCCAUAGCAGUCUUUUGUUUUAUUCCCACUCUAGGCCGGAGAAGAUGGGGUGCUGCUUUAGUAAGGAGCUCAACCCCGGCCUGCAGUCUGAGAGGAGCAGCCUGUUACAGCACCCGCUGCCCGAUGGGCUGAGCGAGGCGACAGAGCAGGUCAGGAAACACGCUGCUGCUGUAGCUCAACAUGUGUGCCUGGAGGAAGAGGAGAAAUGUGUUCCAGACGGACCGGCCCAGGGAAAGCCUCUGGACAGGGAGGAAACCCAUCCUGAACUGGACAACAAAGCUUACACAGAGGCGGUUGUGGUCAGCAGGGACGGCAGCAAGCAGACAGACAGGGAUCUUAAACCAGCGAGCACUCAGGAGAAGGAGGCUAUUAUUAUCACAACCAGCACAAAUACACAUACAAACGCGGACACAGUGGCAGGCGUGACAUGCACCGCCGUUCCCAGCACCGAGGCGGCUCCCUAUAUGGAGGUGUCCACACACAGUCCAGUCCAACAGAAGAGUCUGGACAAUGCCACGGUCAGGGCAUUAUGGUUCAAGCAGUCCACGGAGGGGCAGAAGCUGCUCAAACCAGGAACCGGUUGGUCUGCUCCUGCCAGGUUACUGGGCAGCGUCACAGCGAGUGAGACGUCACAUGACCAGCCUCCGUUGUUCAGUGAGCGUCAGGGGACACAACAGGAUUCCCCCGAAGCAAAGCACAACAAGGAGGAUGGUGAGGAAGCCGGCAUCAUCACAACAACACUGUGUCAACUUCUGGAAACAAGGACCCACAACUUCUACAGCAUUUGUCCAACUGACGCAGACGACCUUGAACAUGACCAGUGUCAAACAGCUGGAGCAACACAGUCAAUGCUCACAGCUGAAGCAGAAACAGCUGCUACGCCCUGUACAGUGGAGUCUGUGCUCUGCAGCCAAUCACACUCAGAGGCAUCUACAGCCGACAACCACACACAUGUCACUGAACCUAAAAUGACCAACCAGUCACAUGGGGAGGAAGCAGCUUCUGUGCAGUCACAUGCUGAUCAACAGUCUUCCAUCCUCUUGUUACCGACACAUACUGAUAAUUCACUGUCAGCAGAGCAAACCGUCUCAGCACAACCCGCUGUGCCUCCUCAGCUGGUGGAUUCUCUGUCUGACACGCUGCCUCUCACCAGCGAUCAUAUAAGCAGUGAGGACCCUCAGGCAUCUGCACCUGACAGCCCUCAGCUUAAAGUUCUGAAUUGCCAGACAGCUGUGAAGGACACACAUGAAUUCACAUAUGAUGCUUCAAGCUCAGUGAUGGCAAACGCAGAUGGAAAUGCAUGUGAGGAGGGGAAGGAGUGUGCAGAGGGCGAGACAGUGAAGGAGUCAGAGGACAUACCAGUGACAGAGCAGAGUGUGAGUGUGGAUUGUGGACAUAACACAAGUUUGUGUUCAGAGGAGGAGAUUGUGGACCUGAAGGACCACAGAGCGGCAGGGGGAAGCUUUAAUACCACAGAAGAAAUAGCGAUUGACUUCCAGGAGAAAGAAGCUGAUCAAAGUGUGAAUUCUGACUUUAGUCCUCUGAUCAUUGAUCCGUCUCAGUCUGAACUCAGAGUAAAGCAGGACGUCCAAAAUUCACGUUCAGCCACUGAAACUCCUGAACUGAAUUCCUCCUGUCAGAGCCCCACAUCUGUAGAGCCCCACAAAGAAAAGGGGGAUGCUGUUUGUCUGCCUGGAGGACAGACUGAGCUGGAUAGGCUCCCCCUGCAGAGCGAGCCCAUCCCUGUGAGCAUCUGCAGAAGUCACGUUUCAGACGGGGAUGUUGAUCACAGCGGCACAGCAGAUACGACUCUCACUGAGGUGUCGUCAAUUUCCAACAUCUCCACCGUGUCAUCGCUGCCCACGGAGCUGACCACCCUCUGCUGCCACACUAAUGUGACACAUCUCUCAGAUUUGACUAGAAACCACCCGUGUGGAUCCAUCAAAACUGAUGUUAAUUCAAAUGAUUCAACAUUUGAACUAAGCAGCAAAAAGCCUUCAAGCAAAGAUAUUCAUCUGCCAUUCAGUCACUCUCAGAAAAGCAAUACCAGGUUUGGUGACCGUGAAAAUAUGCUGGAUAGCUGUGAUGUGAAAACUGAAUGUGGGGCGGUGUCUGCCUCAGAUGAGCCUCUCCAGGAUGUCCUGAUGAGUGGAUACGACAGACAGAUCAUCACAAAGCCAAAACCAGUUAUUCUUCAGGAAAGCAAGCAUGUUGAGGGAGGUGAUAGUCCAACCGGUUUACCUGCAACGAGCCAAAACACCGCUCACCUGGAGACGAGUGAUGAAAAAUGUGACGUGUUGUCCAAACACCGUGACGACUGUGUGGUUGUAAAUACCAGCAUCACUCCUCAGGGCCCUGAGAAGUCUGAGAGCAGCGAUGAGGAUUCAAGUCACGAUCCUCUCACACAGCCCCCUCCUGCUGAAAGUGAGCUUUCUGUUGCUGCUCCCACCGCUCCUCCUCCCUCUUCCUCAGCUGCCUCUCAGAGCACAUCUGAGGCUGAAACUAGUGCUGCUGAGAAUGAAUGCAGCCAAAUCCAACUGAAGACAAAUCCACCACAGAAAGUAUUAAUUAAUGAGUGUGAGGAAGUAGAGGAGGCACCGUGGACUCACACUGAUGAGCUUGUCUUGAUGUCAGUCAAGCGUAAAUCUGAGAAUACAGUCGAGCAGCUCUCCUACAGUCCUCAACUGACCUCUGAACCUCCUGAAAUAUUUACCUCUGACUGUGUGAAUCCUCAAGUCUACGCUGACCUGCAGCAUGACACAUGUGACAGUUUGCCUCAGUCAGAUUCCUCUGGAGACAUGCUUAAGAUGGAGAUGAACACAUCACCAGUAGAGUCCUCUGCCGUAGACAGUGAUAGUCAUUCAGAAACUCCAGAUAUUUUAGAAACUGAGAGGCCGACCCAAGGCAAUGAGGUCCAUGAUGCCAGCAGCAUCUGUGACUCAUACAUGAUUCCUGUUGACUCUAGCUGUCAGGAUGACAGAACCUCGGCAUUAAACUGCCAGGAGGAUCUCUCUUUGAUCACAGAGGACUCAGCUCAAAUCGAUAUUUGCUCGUCUGAGUGUGUGAAGCCUCAAGUUGACUCUGACCUGCAGCAUGAAACUGGUGACACUUUACCUCAACCUGAAGAUUCAUCAGAUAGAAAUCAGUUGGAAGAAAUGAAUGAGGUCAAGAUGCACACAUGUCCACCAGUAGAGAACCCUGCAUUAGACAAUGACAUUUAUACAGAAACUCCCAAUAUUUUACUUCCUGAGAGCCCGUCCCAAAGUAUUGAGGUCCAGGCUGCCACCAGCACCUGUGACUCUGAUACCCUUAGCUGUCAGGAUGACAGCGCAUCAGCCUUGAACAGCCAGGAGGAUUGCACUGUUAUCGCAGUGGGCUCAGGUCAGAUCGAGGAUUAUUCCUCUGACUGUGUGACACCUCAAGUUGGCGCUGACCUGCAGCGUGAAAAUGGUGACAGUUUACCUCAAUCUGGAGAUUCAUCAAACAGAAAUGACUUGGAAGACAUAGAUGAGCUGAAGAUGAAAACAUCACCAGUAGAGAACGUUAGAACAUUAGAGAGGGACAUUGAUACAGAAACUUGUAAUAUUUUACUUCCUGAGAGCCCGCCACAGAGUGUUGACGUCCAUGCUGCAAGCAGCACCUGUGACUCAUACAGGAUUCCUGAUGACUUUAGUUGUCAGGAUGAUAAAACCGAAUCCUUAAACUGCCAAGAGGAUCACACUUUGAUCGCAGUGGACCCAGGUCAGAUUGAUGUUUAUGCCUCCACUCCUUCUUACGAGAUUCACCUCCUGGGUCCUGAACCAUCAGCUGCUGCUGCUGAGGAGGGAGAGAAGGAAGGAGGGAUGAGGGAGAUGGUGUCUGAGCUGCUGGGAGAGGACGCCGACUCCUCCGUCUGCCGUCUCUAUCCUCACCCCUGGAUCAAGCUGGGCCUGGAUCAGAACUGUGAGGGCUGGGCUCAGGGGGCGUCUGAUGCCGAGCCCGACCAGGGGGAGAGCAAGAAGGGUGUCGACGCAGAGCUGAUCCCAGCCUCGGUGUCGGAGCUGCAGCCCUCCAUGGCUCUGCUGCGAGCUUACCCCUACAGCACUGUGCUGCCUCAAGGAUCCUGUGUGUGGGACUGGCACACAGAUUGCACUCAGUCUGCUCCUGUUCCUGCCCUUAACCCUGAUGCUGAGGUAUGGACCAAUCACAGCUUUAACUUGAACAUCCCUGAGACUGCUUACCCACAGCUCCAGCAGCCGUGGCUGCAGGUCCCCGACGAUCUGACUGGUCAGGAAGGGUAUGUGCCAGAGUUUCAGCUGCAGAACAUGGGCCUGGCUGAGACUGAUCCAACCCUGGAGUACCAGACAAUGACCACUGAAGCUCCUGUAGUUAAUGGAGAGUCUGGCGACCCACCUGUCUCAGAUGAGAUCAGACAAGAGCUGACCACAGUUUUGGAGUCCUGCCUGACCAGGGAACACCUUGGCAGUGACCUGUACCUCAAGUCUCAGAUGGACAGUGACCAGUACAUUUCCAUCGCAACUCUCACCAGCCUGGACAAGGUCAAGAAUCUCACCACAGACCUGGACCUCAUCUCUGAUAUUCUGAAAUCCAUGCCGCAGGUCCAGGUGACUCCAUGUGGACAGAAAUUCCGGCCCAGCCAGUGCCGCUGUGUCGUAAUCCUGCGUGAGAUUCCUGACGUCACACCUCAAGAGGAGGUGGAAGCUCUCUUUGAAGGGGAGAACCUGCCCAAGUUCCUGAGCUGUGAGUUUGUGAACAACGACAACUGGUUCAUCACCUUCAAAUCAGAGGCCGAUGCACAACAGGCCUACACCUACCUCAGGGAGGAGGUCCGGGUGUUUAAGGGAAAGCCGAUCAUGGUGAGGAUUAAGGCCAAAACAAUGGCUGCCACUUCCUACGCUCCAAACAAUGGCUACCGACCUGCACAGCUGGACCAGUGCACCAAUCACUACUCCUACUUCCCCCCGACCUCCUACCAGCAGUCGUGCCCCGCCCACAUGUCGACACAACCGCUGUACGAUUUGACCAGUGAGAUGUGGGCUUCAGCUGCAACAGAAUACCAAAAAUGUGAUGAGCAGCCUCCACUACUGAUGGACGAGUUCAUGAAUGGCUUCACUACAGCAUCCAACUUCAAACCGAACAACCCACACAGGCCGAGGAGAGGCUCGAGGUGGUCCAACUCUGACCGCUGGCAGUCCCAACAGAAUGACGCCUCACAGUCAUCAGAGCAGCCAUCGGUGGAUCCCUUCUCCUCUGGAAAGUCGAGUCGAGGCCGGUCGCGAGGCAACGCACGCCGUCAGGGCAGAGGAGGAAGGACGGAGCCGAACAAGCAAGUCAUGUCACCAAUUUCUGAGCCAGGAAGGAGAGGAAACUUCAGCCAGAGGAGGAGAGAGAACCAGAGGACCUGGGAGAGGUCUGCUCACCACAGUCAGAGUCAGACGCCUCCUCGUCAGCCGUCUCCUCCUCUUGAGCUCGGCCUGACGAGCUUCCCUCCUCUUUCUACGACAAACAGCGUCACAACACCCAGACCUGCAGCCAACAGCAGCACCAAGGGUCCAGUCAGAAGCAGCAGCUUCGACACAUCGCUGCCAGCAGAGCCGGAGCCGGCCCCACAGCAGAAAGUCAAGGAGGUUACAGAGGUGAUCAGUGAGGCCGAACCAGUUCAGCUCCCACAGGAACCAGUCGCAGUCAGACCUCAGGAGGCCAAGAAGCCGAGUUACGCUGAGAUCUGCCAGAGAGCUUCAGCCAGCGAGCCGGCGCCGCCCGCUGACCAGGCGUCCUCCGAGGAAGAACACAUCCUCAGAUAAGAUGGACAAAGAGACACUUGUGACCUUUUUUUUUUUUCCUUCCUUUCUUUUUUUCUGUCUUAUGAGUGUCUAAGAAGCUGAACAUGUAUGUUAUGAGGUCCUCAUCUUGUCGUUAGGCUGCAGAUUUACUGUGAGGAGGAAUUAUUACACAAAGCACAGAUUUCAAAUCAACUGAAUUUAGGUCGGAUAUGAAGCCAACCCACUGAUAAAUUCUGACUUUUCGCUCAGGAUUUUGAAGCCAAAUUUUCAGGUUUUAAUGUAGUUUUAAGUUAAGUUUUGACAAACGUGUAAAUGUUGAUCUGCUACUUUACUUUGGUUUUAUUUGAGGUUGAGGUCAUUUUAUUGAGAGCCAGGUUUGAUUUUGAUUUAUCCUUGUUUUGCUGAUGGCGCCGGCUCUUCUUCUCUUUCUCCCUGUACAGGAUGCCGUCGUGAUUCUAAACUCGAUUUGGUGAUUUUUUUUCUUGAUUUUUUUUCCCCUUCAUACAUCUGUGUUUUUCUUUAGUCUACAUGUGGACACACACAAUGUUUGUUUUUGUUUUUUUAAUGAAUAUUAGUGCUCGUCACGCAGGUUGUUUCCAUUUUCAGAUGUUGAGGCCUGUAAUGAGCCGAGGUCCAGUGUGCAUUAGUAAGUACCUUACUAGUCGAGGGAUCAAACUGAAUUUGAAAAGCGCUGAAUAUCUACCAGUCCUGUAUCUCUGCAUGAUUUUUUUUAAAAUUUCAUUUUAGAAUUUCAUUUAUGCCAUAUUUUUAUGUACACUUUUGCGUGUUGAAGCUUUAGUGUCGUGUCUAGCUGGUGUAGCUCUGUGCCACAGUGUCCAGGGUUUAGGAUUCACUCCAGGUGGCCUUUAGCUGAGCGGGUUAGUUACUGAGUGUCCAUGAACCAGCACUGUUUCAGCGCAAAGAACUUGAACUGUAUUUGAGAACUUGAAUUAGAUUGUAGUGAUGAAAGUGUUCUCUUGUUUGGAAUAUGAAGUUUUAAAUGUAACAGCAGGAACGUUUGUGGCACAUGUUACCUUGUACAGUUGUACAUAAUAUUGAACAAAUAUUAAAAAGAAGUGCCUUUGAAGUUAAA